AUGGCAACCGAAGAAUCGGUUUUACUUUCGUAUUUCCUUAACAGUGAGCUUGAAAGUAACAUAACUCUUAAACAAUUUACAAACUUGUUUCCUAAGUCUUAUAGAGGCAAUAAACAUAUUAAGACCCUAUAUAGGGAAUAUAAGGCUAAUAGAAGUUCUACAAGAGAGCUGGUUCGGAUAAAUGUUUUAGAACGUAAAAAAUUUGAAUUGUGGAAAAUUCAAGACAAGAUGGAUCUUGAUGUGAGUCAAGACGAUAUGCUAGAUGAGUCGAAUGAUCUUUUGACAUUGAAUCAAGCAAUUGAAAUAUUAUCGAAUGCAGAAAACCAAAUAACAGAUGAAAUUAAUGCUACUGAGUUGGAAUGUAAUGAAUUAUUUCAGGAUAUUCAAAGGAUAAAUGAGGAUAUGAGUGAUUUGAGGUAUGGCAGAAUUGGACCGAAAGGGUUUAAUGAAGCCGAUGUUAUCGAAGAAUUAAAG